AUGGCAGGACAUAGUGGUCAGCGUGGUCCUCUUCUACUGGGUUCAGUAACUUUCACUGCUUUUCUGAGGCCAGAGGGGCCUGCAGAGGGCAGUGAGGCUGGAGACUCCCAGAGGGCUACAGAGGACAGUGAAGUUGGAGCCUGUGACCCCAGGGCCCUCUCAAAGCUGGCCACAGACAUGGACAUCCUGGUGCAUCUGCUGGACUAUGAUGACAGACAGAGGCAGAGAGUGUUUCAUCCUGCUGUGCCAACAUACAGUGAGAUGUAUAUGGAGGGUGCGGGGCAACAGAAGAUGAACAGCAUAGGGGCUAAGGAUCUUAGAGAUGGGGAAAGGUCCGAUAAAACGGGGGGAAAGUUUGCGGGCCUCCACCAGGAGGGGCAGAUCCCGAGUGGACAGCCAUACCCUCUGCCCGAGACGAUAACGGGGAGCCGGGGUCCGGUGGAUCUCUGUCCUAUUGGUGCGAUGGCCUUCUCUCUUCUGGCUAUCCUGAUAUUAUCUCUCCACGCUCUCCCAUCCAUUGGCUGUCCAGUGGGAUGUCGCUGCUACAGCCUGACUGUGGAGUGUGGCUCUACAGGCCUCCGGGACAUCCCCUCACAUGUCCCAGCUUCUACACAGACCAUCUUCCUUCAGGACAAUGCUAUCGGGCAGAUCCGUCUGUCAGACCUCUCCCAGCUGGGCCGUCUGCACUACCUGUAUCUGCAGAACAACAGUAUCUCAGCACUGGAGCCCGAGGCCUUCCAGAGCCAGGGUCAGCUUCUGGAGCUGGCCCUCAACGGGAACCGCAUCCACCUGGUCACAGCAGACAUGUUCAGGGGCCUGGAUCACCUCCGCAUCCUCUACCUGGCAGGAAAUGACAUCACUCGCCUACAGGACUAUACCUUCAGAGGCCUACAGCGUCUUCAAGAGCUUCACCUGCAGCAGAAUAGCAUUGAGAUGCUGGGAGACCAAGCUCUAGUUGGUCUGUCCUCUCUGGCCCUGCUUGACCUCAGCCGGAAUAACCUGCACACCAUCGGCCCUGCCACCCUGCGGCCCCUCGUCAGCCUGCAGGUGCUGCGUGUCACAGACAAUCCGUGGCGUUGCGACUGUGCCCUGCACUGGCUACGCAGCUGGAUCGAUGAGGAGGGUCAGCGCCUGCUGAGCUCGGCCGAGCGGCGCCUUGUCUGUUCUGAGCCACCCCGCCUCUCCCACCUCAGCCUGGUGCAGGUGCCUCUUAACAGCCUGGUGUGCAUCCCCCCUCUGGUGCAGCUGGAACCCCGCCGCCUGGCCGUGCGCCUGGGGGAGAGCCUGCGCGUCUCCUGCCAUGCAUCUGGUUACCCCCGGCCGCAGGUCACCUGGAGGAAGGCUUCCCAGGGUAAGGUGCAGCUCUCCCCCCGGGGGCUGGUGCAGGACCUGGGCGGUGUAGGGACUGUGGGGGCUGAGGAUGCAAUACAUCCAGCUGCAGGACGGGUGAGACUCCAGAAGGAGGAUGGGGAGCGCUUCGAUCCAGACACGGGCAGUGGGAUGCUGUUCCUUAGCAACGUGACAGUGGCUCACGCCGGGCUGUAUGAGUGCGAAGCUUGGAACGCUGGAGGGGUGGCCCGUGUGACCUUUCAGCUCGCAAUCAACUCUUCGUCCUCGUCCAGUUGGUCCCCUGCCUCCUACGCUCCAUCCUGGCCUCGUCUGCGCUCCAAUCGGCCGACGUCGUCAGACGUGAGUCGAGAGCCCUUGUACGCCCUUGGCAGCAUGGCCUUCAGCGCACUGGGAGCUGCUACUCAGACUGCCAUCGCCAUAGGGAUCUCCCUGCUGGCCCUCACAGCUCUUCUCCUGGUGGCCAUGAUCUACAGCCGACAACGACAUCGGCAGAAGGACACAGAUGACAAGGAGGAAAGCAUCCUGUAUGUCAAUGAUUACUCGGACGGACCAACAACCUUUGCCCAGCUGGAGGAGUAUCGGGAUGAGCGCGGGCACGAGAUGUAUGUUCUGAACCGGGCUAAACCCGUCCUCCCACCUUCCAGCACAGCCACUACCACCACCCUGGGGUACCAACAGCAGGAAACGCUGUCUCCCACAAAGCCCCAGAUAGAGCCGGAUAUACGGACAAUGAGAAGGAUGGCAGGGGAGGGCGGGGAGGCAGAGCCGGUGACAGCCGAGUCGGAGGGCUUGUUUCUGAAUCACACAGGCUUGUUCCUCGACUCACAAAUUGCAUAUGAGAUCCACUGCUGA